GGGAAAUCCUGACUGGUCACUUGAUGUUACCAUUACGUUGGAGCUCCCAUGUGUACCAAAGCAAUGAAAGCUAUAUAAAUCUUCACCACCGCUGCCGGCAGCUUCCCAAAUUUUUACCGGAAAUUAAUUCUGCUAUCCCAAAUACCGUAGGGAAGGAGGUUCUGAUACUGAAAAUGAAAUCCACUAACGCUUACGCUUCAAUAUUUCUGCUUCUCAUUUUUGUUACCAUAGCAUUGGCUAAGAAAUCAGGGGAUGUCACGGAGCUGCAAAUUGGCGUGAAGCACAAGCCCGCGUCUUGUGAAUACCAAGCCCACAAAGGUGACAGAGUCAGAGUACACUACCGGGGAAAACUUACAGAUGGAACUGUAUUUGAUUCUAGCUUUGAAAGGGGUGACCCGAUUGAGUUUGAGCUUGGAAGUGGUCAAGUGAUUAAAGGAUGGGACCAAGGACUCCUGGGAAUGUGUGUUGGCGAGAAGAGGAAGUUGAAAAUACCUUCAAAACUUGGGUACGGAGAUCAAGGUUCCCCACCAACAAUCCCUGGGGGAGCCACUUUGAUCUUUGACACAGAGUUAGUUUCGGUAAAUGGAAAACCAUCAAGUGGGUCAGACGAUAGCGAACUAUAGGUCCACCAAAAGCUGCUAGGAUUGGUUUAAGUUGCUCUGUUCUGAGGUUGUGCUGAACUAACAGUUCUUCACAAUCCAGUUUGCACUUUGGUCAAUGUUCACUUUUGCUAGUUUUGUCAGUGUCUCUGGCUUUGGCGAUUAGUUUUAGGUUUUUCUUGUCUUUCUUUUUCUUCUUUUGCAUAAAGGAGCAAGUCUCUCCCUUCCCAGUCAUCAGGUAGUCCCUAAGUUCAGAACCCGUAACCAAUAGCCGGUGGCACUCGACUUCUUCCAGUUGUUACCAUCAGAGUGUUGUACUUCUGUUUGAGAACUUCUUCACGUUCGAAUUGGUGGGAAAGUAGUUUCAUUUCUGCGCUUGUACUGCUGCUGUUACUAAUCAGAAAAACAAACAGUUAACAACCUUUUAAGCACAGUGUCUAAACAAGCAAUGAAAAGUACUUCCUCAUCAAUUAUUUAGUGCGAUAAAAUUUAUGGUCACAACGGCUAAAAGAAACGGACCUCUGCAUGGUUCCGGACCACUGAAACAUUUAGGAGGAUAUUGACUACAUUUCGACCUCAAAUUCAAUGUUCAAAAGUGUAACUUUAACAGUAAAUCGCGUAAUUAAAUAUACAAUAUCAGCCUAUAAUCUUCUGAAGUGGUUGGGUUUGCAAGAUUAGACCGUAAUGGAAUCACCUUCUCAAGCGUAAAUUCUAUGUUACAUGUUGACAUGAUUUAGCUUAAAUCGUAAAU